CACGAGUCUGCACACCAGACUGGCGCACUAGAACAGCCUACGCACGUUCCAGAUUACACCACAUUCAGCUCCUUGAGUGCGCUGGAACGUGACAGGUCCGCACACAUCGCCCUCUCUUCUGAAUCCGAUCCACUCUCUCGCUCCUUUUCCUCACCAACACAGCAUCGGAGUGCCAUGCGACCCUUCACCAUCGUCGUCGCUGCAGAUCUGGCCAACGGCAUCGGAUUCAAGGGCGGCCUGCCCUGGCGUCUGCGCAAGGACAUGGCCUUCUUUGCCAGGAUCACCUCCAAGACCCUUGACCAGGCCUCUGCUCAACAGCAGCAACAACACACUCCAGGCAGUCCCGCCACUAGAGUCAACGCCUGUAUCAUGGGCAGGCGCACCUGGGAGUCCAUUCCUCCAAAGUUUCGCCCCCUCAGCUCUCGCUUCAAUGUUAUUGUCACCCGUAACCCGCACUAUCUCGAGCAAGUCCUCGCUUUAGAAUCAGCAGCUGUUGCCCUCGCUUCAAUCAUGCCUGCACCGCUUACUCUCGUGCCAGCCGUCUCUAAUAGCCAGAUUCGGAUCGAUCGUAUCUUUCUCAUCGGAGGUGCUCAACUUUACAACGAAGGCGUUCAAUCCAAGGACUGUGCCCACAUCUUUAUGACUCGCAUCCAGACUACGCUCGAAUGCGACACCUUCUUUCCCGAGAUCAAAGAGUCGGUCUACAAGCUGUUGCCCAGUCAAGAGUCGCAUGCGUUUUUGGAGGAGUUCCUUCAAGAACCUGUCGAGGGUGGUGUCAUAGAAGAGGGCGCAUUCAAAUACGAAUACGCUGUCUACAAUCGCAUCUGA